UCCUCAACACAAGCCAAAAGUUAUGCUGAAGUCUCAGUUAAUCUUCCUGGUUACUUACUAUUUAUAGAGACUGUAUCAGCAAUAUAGCUCACAUUCUCAAACAAAUAUGAAGAAUUUAUUCAUCAAUGUACUUCAGAUAUAUCCUCUUGUUCUUAUGUUCUUUGCUAGUUCCAUUCCUGUAAAAGGAGAACUGCAGAAGGAAUUUUACAUUGUUUUCUUGGAAGAUCAUCCAGUUGACAAAGAGUUUUCUCUACAGCAGAGUCACAUUAAUGUCCUCACAUCCUUGAAGGGAUGUGAGGAUGAUGCUAGGGAAUCUCUUCUGUAUAGUUAUACAAAGAGUUUCAAUGCAUUUGCAGCAAAACUAUAUGAACAUGAAGCUAACAGAUUAUCUGGCAUGGAUGGUGUGCUCUCAGUUUUCCAGAAUAAGUACCACCAGCUUCACACAACGAAAUCAUGGGAUUUUAUUGGCCUAGCACAAAAUACCAAGAGGAGACUGAAGAUGGAGCGCGACAUUAUAGUGGGAAUAUUUGAUACAGGGAUCACUCCAGAAGCAGAGAGUUUCAGUGAUCGCGGCCUUGGUCCCCCUCCAGCCAAGUGGAAAGGAAGCUGCAUGAAGUCUGCAAAUUUUUCUGGAUGCAACAACAAGCUUAUAGGAGCACAGUACUUCAAGCUGGAUAAAAGAACUCCAGAUCCACAAGACAUAUUGUCCCCGAUUGAUGUAGAUGGCCAUGGUACUCACACAUCUUCAACCGUAGCUGGAGCCCUGGUUCCAAAUGCAACCCUCUCGGGGCUUGCCAAAGGGACCGCUCGUGGAGCCGUCCCUUCAGCUAGAAUAGCAAUGUACAAGGUUUGCUGGCGGAAUUUUGGAUGUUCAGAUAUGGACAUAUUGGCUGCUUUUGAAGCCGCCAUCAAUGAUGGAGUCGAUGUUGUAUCCAUCUCCAUUGGGGGGUUUUCAGGAAGUUAUGACACUGAUUCUAUUGCACUGGGAUCAUUUCAUGCCAUGAGAAAAGGGAUUAUAACCGUAGCUUCAGCCGGGAAUGAUGGUCCUAGUCUGGGAAGUGUAACAAAUCAUGCACCUUGGAUUUUUACUGUGGCAGCCAGUGGCAUUAACAGGCAGUUCAAAAGCAAAGUUGUGCUGGGAAAUGGAAAAACUAUUCUUGGAGUUGGAGUUAAUUUGUUUGAACCAAAGCAAAAGUUUUAUCCUCUUGCCAUUGGAGCAGAUGCAGCCAAGAACGCAGCAAGUAGAGAAAGUGCAGGCUUCUGCAUGGAAGAUUCAAUGGAUAAGAACAAAGUGAAGGGAAAAGUUGUUCAUUGCAAAUUAUCAUCAUGGGGUAUAGAUUCUGUUGUCAAAGGCCUAGGAGGCAUAGGAACAAUCAUCCAAAGUGAAAUGUUUCUUGAUGCUGCCAUGAUUUUUAUGGCACCUUCAACAAUGGUGAACUCCACAACAGGCGAAUUCAUCAAUAAAUAUAUAAGAUCAACAAAGACUCCAACUGGAGUAAUAUACAGGUCUGAGGAAACUACAAUCCCUGCUCCAUUUAUUGCUUCGUUUUCGUCUAGGGGUCCGAAUCAUGGAGCAAAACAUCUUCUAAAGCCUGAUAUCGCUGCACCAGGGCUUGAUAUUUUGGCAGCAUACACGCCACUUAAGUCCCUUACAGGAUUAAAAGGUGACAAUCAGCACUCGAAAUUUACCCUCAUGUCGGGAACUUCCAUGGCUUGCCCGCACGUAGGUGGUGCAGCUGCCUACGUAAAAUCAUUUCAUCCUGAUUGGUCUCCGGCGGCAAUCAAAUCUGCAAUCAUGACCACAGCAAAACCAAUGAGUUCAAGGGUUAACCAUGAAGCUGAAUUUGCCUAUGGUACUGGUCAAUUAAACCCUAGAAGAGCUACCAGUCCUGGACUAGUCUACGACAUGGAUGAAAUGGAUUACAUUCAAUUUUUGUGCCACGAGGGUUAUCCUGGAUCAUCUUUUGGCCCGCUAAUUGGAACAAAAUCAAUAAACUGCUCAAAUUUGAUUCCUGCCAGUGGUGAAGAUGCCAUAAACUAUCCAACAAUGCAACUUGCACUGAAAAAUCAGCAUGAACAAAGGACUGCUGUGUUUAGAAGGACAGUUACCAAUGUUGGUCCUGCAAUGGCUAUCUUUAAUGCCACCAUUCUAGCACCACAAGGGGUUGAGAUUAGUGUUUCUCCAACAAGUCUAUCCUUUACACGUGUCUCGCAAAAGAAAAGCUUUAAGGUUGUGGUGAAGACAAAAACAAUGCCAAGUGCAAAAAUUUUAGUUUCAGGCUCAUUGAUAUGGAAGAGUCCUCGUCAUGUUGUGAGGAGUCCAAUUGUUGUUUAUAAUGUUCAGGAAAACUAAGGAAAAAAUCAUAGUAAAAUGAAGUACAUAUAUAAAAUAAACAGGAUGGUGAAUGUCAGAUUUUUAUCUUCA